AUGGACAAAAAUGAUGAAAUCAAAGGAUUCGAACUCAAUUUGAUUUUGAAUGAUUAUAAAUUUUUGUUAAACUCCAUAACUGAUAUUCCUUCUCCGGCUCCUCUAUCUCCUGCACCUCAUUCAUGGAGGUUCGAAGUCUUUCUCAGCUUCAGUGGCCAAGACACCAGAGGUAACUUCACAGACCAUCUUCUUUCUGGUCUGCUAGAGAGACAAGUGAAGGCUUACAGGGACGACAAAAACCUACCACGAGGAAGUUUCAUUUCAAAAGCACUUCUAAGAGCAAUUGAAAGAUCGAAAAUUUCCAUCAUCGUCUUCUCCAAGAAUUAUGCAGCUUCAAGGUGGUGUUUGGAUGAGCUUGUGAAGAUUAUUAAAUGUAGAAAGCUCUUGGGUCACAUUAUUCUCCCAGUUUUCUUCGAUGUAAGACCUGAUCAUGUUGCCAAGCAAACUGGUCCUUACAAGAAAAUCUUUCGAAAGUAUGAAGAGAAGUACAAGAACAAUAAGCAGAAGGUUGAAAAGUGGAAGGAUGCUCUUAAGACAGUUGCAGAGAUAAGCGGUUGGGACAAGGAAAAUUACAGGUAA